UUAAUUAAUGUUAAAUAAUUAAUAAUCACCUACCUAGCUACCCAACACCUAUCUGGCUAAGGUGCGGGUGGGCCGCGUUAAAACGUGUUCGGGUGCAAGGUGCCAAUGUGUGUUUCACGUUAGUCAGACGUCGUCACCAUCAGCCAGCCAUUGAAGCUGUCUAUCGCACGGACGGACAGACAGAGAGACAGCGACUCGAUGAGUGAAUGAUAAUUUCUUGUUCUGUGUCUUUGUGCUGCAUGCAACACAUUGCUUUGCAUAAUUCACAUUCGUUUUUAAUGCGCGAUAUUUGCGUUUUUUGCCUUUUUAUUCUCUGUUUUCACUAAUUACAAUUGUGUGCUACGCUAUUCCAUGGAAUAUUAAAUGAAGUCGCAAAUAUCUCAAUGAAUCUUCGUCUUUUGUGAAUGCUGCUGCUACACUAACUCACAGCCAUGCCCAACCUUAUGAUUUGGAGGCUGUAUUAGGCUGAAACAAGGCCAAUAACAAUACAUCGCAGAGAUUCAAUCAAGGCUCAAGUUCAAUUCGAAGACUUUACAUCACAACACUGACUCUGCAAGGCUGAGAAGUGAAAAACAAAAAGAAGUGGCAAGGACCUUGCAAUUGUCGCUUGCUGCUGAAAGCAAACAAAAAAAACCAACGAAGACGACCAAGACGAAGGGCGACAAUGAUGAUGAGGAGGCUGCUGUUAUAAGACAAAAUUAAAACAAAACUCAAAACAGGAUAGAGGGCAAGCUCCUUUCCUUAGACGAGCCUUCAUUCAGCCAUCCAUCCAUCGCAACCCAUCAUAGCACAUUCCACAGAACACCACCACGUGAUUUCUUUCGGUUCUGUUUCCUACACACUUACUUUUUGACAACAAAACGUAAAUCGUCUUUGAAAACGUAAAACGGCAACAGGAAUAAAAAAAAACAUAAAACAACGGCUGAAUAACCUUCAAAAUAUUUAAAAACUCACGUGAGUCGCUGAGUUUGUGUGCGUUGGUGUAGGUGUAGGUGAGUGUCGGUGUGUGUCUGCACCUUCUAUGUCUGUCUAGCAAGGCAACAGACAUUCGAAGGACAAAGGACGCUAAACACAAAAGAGAAGAGACACAGCAAGUGAGGGAGAGAGAGAGAGAGAGAGAGCAGCGGCGACCAUAACACUGUCUGCUAGAUGUUGAAGGAAUCAGAGGAAAUCAUUAAAAGGCGUAAACUGUCGUUAACGGCAGAUACUGCAACAAUUGCCGGUUUAGUCGGCGACUUGAACGCCACCAAUAUCCCGCCAGGAACACCACCCACUCCUCCAUUGCCAUUGAAUAUGGCCAUGGAUAUGGAAUCGUCCACAGAGGCUUUAGCUUUAACCACCACAACACCAAGAACGCCAGUCUCAGCCUCAAUGCCGGCUACCACCACAGAAGCCAAGAGUAGCCCCAGUGUGACCGAGUCGGCCGCCCUGACAACCAAUCAAAUGGUCAAUGCUUUGUUGGCCAACAAUGUUACCACCACAGCGACCACUUCCAUACCCGACCACUACAGUCUGAGAUGGAACAAUCACCAGAAUCAUUUGAUGCGAGCCUUCGAUGCACUGCUGCAGUCCAAGGCUUUGGUCGAUGUUACCCUGGUGUGUGCGGAGACCAGCCUAAGGGCCCACAAAAUGGUGCUCUCAGCCUGUUCGCCUUUCUUUCAGAGGGUAUUCGCGGACACUCCUUGCAAACAUCCCGUCAUUGUGCUCAAGGAUUUUCGCGGCUGGGUCAUACAGGCCAUCAUUGACUUUAUGUACCGCGGUGAGAUCAGUGUGCCCCAGGAACGAUUGCAGACCCUGAUUCAGGCCGGUGAGUCACUACAGAUACGAGGCCUGGUGGAGAGCUCCAUACCCGAACACACUCCCACACCAGCAGCCUCACCUGAUGAUUUCGGCAUGUUGGACACCUCUCUGCUUUCACCUGAAAUUGAAAGAUGUUCCAGCUUUGAUGAGGAGUCCCCAUCCAUGGUCACAGCUGGAGCGAAAAUAAUUCUGCCCUCAAGAUUGUUUGGCGCCUCGUAUCGGCGCGAAAAGGAAAGAAAACGAGAUCGUGAUUUGGAACACGAUUUGGAGAGUGAUCAGGAACAUCUCAAUGACUCCAUGACCCACAAUGACCUAUGCACCUCACCCAUGCCCAGAAGAAAGCAGGCCAGACCCCGCAGAAGGUCAGGAGAAUUGACGCAUGACAUGAUCAACAAACCCUCCACACCCCAACCUCCCAUGGAUUGCUCUCAGGCCAGCGAUCAUAAACAACAACAGCAACUGCCGCAAGAAAAAACCGAAGUCAACGAAAAAUCGGAAGACAAAGAAGAGCCCGAUCCUCUAAAAACUGUGAUCAAAUCUGAAUUAGCCGAACCCUUGGAAGAUGAUGAUUCCCAUGCCGGCGAACAGGACAGUGGCAAUGAUAGCCACGACCAUGCGGAAGAUCUCAAUGACAAACCGCACGGGGACAACAAUCUCUCCUACGAAGAGAUGGAGCGCAAUCAUCGAACCUCAGCUCCAUUGGCUGAGACCGAAGACCUGGACGAAGAUGACGAGGAGCGCGAAGAGGAACCUGAAGACAUUGAGGAGCUCAUCCAUACCACCAAUGAAUUGAAUAGACGACGAAAAUCCGCCUUAUCCAUGAACUCAGACGGUCCCGAGGACUUGUGUACAACGAAGAAAGACAACGAUACGAGUGGCCACCAUUCCGCCUCCGACAAUGAGGACUCGCCCAACAAUAACAACAACAACAAUAGCUCCAAAUUGAACAACAACAAUCGCAUAGUGCUAUCCCUAAAGGAUAUCCGUCAGCUGAACAAGCCGACCGCGUCAACACCCAACUCCUCAGCGAACAGCAUGAACCCUUUUUCCACGGCCAGCCUCAGAGACUUGCGAUUGGAUCGCAACUCCAUGGAGAAUCAAUGCAAAAUGGAAGCCUUGGAGGCACAAAUGCAAGCGGCAGCGGCCUGCGCCGCAGCAGCCGCCGCAAAUGGUGAAAAUCCCUUUCAGCACAUGGAACACCAAAUGGAUCUGUCCUUGGCUGCAGCGGCUGCGGCAGCCGCUGUAUCCCACCAACAAUCCCGCGAACGAGAUCAGGCACUGCACAGAGAGCAACAACGAGAAAUGCAGCAGCAGCACAAUGCCUACGCCAACAGUAUCCUGGGACAAAUGGGUAUGCCGGGUAUGCCUCCUUUUUGUGGAGGCCCCGGAGCGCCGCCCUCUGGUGGCCCAGGGGGGCCUUCAGCUCAUGAACGUCUUGAGGAGAGCAUGAAUCGCCUGAGCAAAGAGUUCACCCCCACCUCGCCAAUGAGUCUGCCGCCGCACUACAACCCCCAGGAUGGACCACCACAUCCACCGUCGCCGUUACCCUUCCCUGGUAUGUCAUCAGCUUUGGCUUUAACGCCACCGCACAUGUUUGGAUUGGAUUCCCCAUUGGGAUUAUUCCCUCCCGGCAUUGAUCCUGGUAAACUUUAUAACCCGCUAAUGGAGAUGUCCGACCCCAGAGGAUUACCCGGCGAAACUCCACCAUUUCUGAAAAAGAAAAUGCCUCGUCCCAAAGGUCAGCACUCAGCUCCUCGGGGUGGCCCACCCCGUUCGUGGACGAAUGCAGAGCUAACCGAGGCUUUGCAGCAUGUUUGGAACAAGAAAAUGACCACCUCCCAGGCAUCCCGCAUCUUUGGCAUACCCUACAACUCCUUGCUGAUGUAUGUGCGUGGUAAAUAUGGCAAAAGUCUGAAGCUGGAGCAGCUGCGCAAAGACUGCAUAAGUGGACCACCUUUGGAGUUGCUGCAAAUGGGCGUCAAUUCCUCCUCGUCGAAUUCAAGUAGCAAGAAUUCGGGAGAGACCAGAGAACAGAAGGAGGCACGCAAGGAGGCCCAACGCAACAACUCGGCGGGAGCAAAUGACAUGGACAUGGUGUGUGGACCCAUGACUGGCUCUGGGCCCCGCAGCUCCAGCUCAGAGCCGGAUUUGCUGGGGGGACCCAACGCCCUCUUCAAUCCCUUCAACCCCCAAGGCUUUUAUCCAGACUUUCCGGGCGGUUUCCCCGGCCUACCCUUGAGCAUGCUAAAUCUAUUGCCCCCCUCGGAAAGACAACAUGCUGCGGCUGCCGCUGCGGCCAUGCAUCAUUCCAUGGUCAUGGAUGAAGAUUGCAAAUCGGAUCGCUCCAAACAGUCCUCCUCCAUGGACGAUGAGUUCUCCAUUAGUCGAGAGGAGAGACUGCGUCACAAUGAACUCAUGCAAGCCGCCAACACCUCCGCCUCCUCACUCUCCCAGCAAAAUGGGGCGGUGCAAGAUUGAAAUUUGUGGCGGGAUUGGGCUAAUAACCCAUUGCUAUUCCCGCCGCCCGAGAAUAAUGGUUUUGACCUAGCCACACAUAGCCAGUCCCAACUACCGCCUCCAGCAGCUCCACCACCACCACCAACGGCCAAUCAUCACUCGGAGCUGCUUGGUGGGGGAGAGGAGGAUAAGGACCACUUUCGUCCACACAUCUUCAAGGAAUUCAAUCAGAAUUUGUACAUGGCCCGCAAGAAGCUGCGACGUUAUCGCAAAAAACACUUGAAGCUGCACGAUGUGAGUGCCAGCCAGCAUGAGGAGACUUUCGCAAGAGGCCAUGUGGAUAGUUUUAUGGGAAUGCAGCCGCCAUUGAAUGCAGCCCCAGCAGUGGUGAGGACUUAAGACAGGUGUCACCAAAUAACCAAUUUAGCAAAAAUCAACAACAACAAUAACUGUGACUUAAUGUGUAAUUAAUUUGCAAUAUUUUUAACCCUCCCCCCUCUUCCCCUCUUUCCACUUAAAUGUAAAUUUUAGUAGUGUUUUUUUUUUAAAUAAGAAUGCGGCAUACGCCACACCACAAGCAAAGACAAAUAAUAUUUAUGUAUGUAUGUAUGUGUAAAAUUAUAUUUUCUUCCAUUUUCGAGCAACGAUAUUCUUAAA